GCGCCGAGCCCGCAGCCGGCCCCGCCGAGCCCGCAGCCGGCCCCGCCGAGCCCAUGCCGAGCUGAGCGCGGCCGAGCACACGCGGAAAUGCAUCUGCGGCCGGGAGUGGCCGUGUGGGUCCUGUGCGGCUUCCUCCUGCAGCACGGCCGCGCCGAGCGCUCCCCCGGCUCCCACCUGGACGAGACGGCCAUCGCAGAGUUCUGCCGCAUCGACCGCGCGCUGUGCCGCGACCAGGACGAGCAGCUCAGCUUCGAGGCCGUGCGCAACAUCCACAAGCAGAUGGACGACGACGCCAACGGCAACGUGGACGUGGAGGAGAGCGACGAGUUCCUGAGGGAGGACCUGAAUUACCACGACCCAACAGUGAAGCACAGCACCUUCCAUGGAGAGGACAAGCUCAUUAGUGUGGAAGAUCUCUGGAAGGCCUGGAAGACAUCUGAGGUGUACAACUGGACAGUUGAGGAGGUGGUGCAGUGGCUCAUUACCUACGUGGAGCUGCCCCAGUACGAGGAGACCUUCAGAAAGCUGCAGCUGAGUGGACAUGCCAUGCCCAGGCUGGCAGUGAACAAUGCCACCAUGAUGGGAACGGUGCUCAGGAUGACGGACCGAAGCCACCGGCAGAAGCUGCAGCUCAAGGCUCUGGACACGGUGCUGUUUGGGCCUCCCCUGUUGACCCGACACAACCACCUGAAGGAUUUCAUGCUGGUGGUGUCCAUCGUCAUCGGGGUGGGCGGCUGCUGGUUCGCCUACAUCCAGAACCGCUACUCCAAGGAGCACAUGAAGAAGAUGAUGAAGGACCUCGAGGGGCUCCACAGGGCUGAGCAGUCUCUCCAUGACCUGCAAGAAAGGCUGCAGAAGGCUCAGGAGGAGCAUCGCUCUGUGGAGGUGGAGAAGGUGCACCUGGAGAAGAAGCUGCAGGAUGAGAUCAGCAUGGCCAAGCAGGAGGCGCACCGGCUGCGCGAGCUGCGCGAGGGCACGGAGAACGAGCUCAGCAGGCAGAAGUACGCCGAGCAGGAGCUGGAGCAGGUCCGGAUGGCGCUGAAGAACGCCGAGAAGGAGCUGGAGUCCCACUGCAGCUGGGCUGCUCCUGAGGCCCUGCAGAAGUGGCUGCAGCUGACCCACGAGGUGGAGGUGCAGUACUACAACAUCAAGAAGCAGAAUGCCGAGAAGCAGCUGCUGGUGGCCAAGGAAGGGGCUGAAAAAAUUAAAAAGAAGAGAAACACCCUGUUUGGAACAUUUCAUGUGGCUCACAGCUCGUCCCUGGAUGAUGUUGACCAUAAAAUCUUAACUGCAAAGCAGGCGCUGAGCGAGGUGACGGCGGCGCUGCGGGAGCGGCUGCAUCGCUGGCAGCAGAUCGAGCUGCUCUGCGGCUUCCAGAUCGUCAACAACCCCGGCAUGCACAGCCUGGCCUCGGCCCUCAACAUCGACCCCGGCUGGAUGGGCAGCUCCAGGCACAACCCCUCGCACUUCAUCAUGACAGACGACGUGGACGACCUGGACGAGGAGCUCGUGUCUCCCGUGUCCAUCCAGUACGCAGCCUGGCUCUUGGGGCGCAGGUUCAGCUCCCGCCCGUCCCUGUCCUCGGAGGAUCAGUCCCUCUGGAGAUGCCCUGCUCCCGGCCUGGGCAGCGCGGUGCGGCAGCGCCUGGUGGAGCCCCAGCGCCUGGCGGAGCCCCAGCACGGCCCCGGCUCGCAGAGAGACCUGACCCGCUGCGACUCCGACGCGUCCAUCCCGCACCUGAGCGACCACCAGCGCGUGCCCAGCGCCGUGCCCAAGCUGCUGGCGGCCCGGCCCGCCCUGCUGACCCGAUCCAUGGAGGAGGCCGUGCCCGGGCUCCCCGUCCCGGGGGCCGCCACCCCCAACGGCGGCAGCCGCCACCCCGACGGCGCGGCCGCGGCCGAGAGGCCGCCCGAGAGCCCCGCGGCGGCCAAGAAGCCGGCGAACCACGGCGCGGAGAAGGGCUGCGGCCCGGGGGAGGCGAGCCAGGCCGCCAGGCACAGCCACUCGGAUUCGUCCCGCUCGCACAGCCCCAGCUCCACCGAGCCCGACACCCCCUCCCCUACCUCUGACUGCCGCCCCGGCAGCUCCAGGAGCACCCGCAUCCCGCAGCUGGCUCCCAAGAAGAGCCCCGGGGACGAGGACAGCAGCCUGACGGGAGACGAGGUUGACCUCGGCCAGAGCAAGAAGAAGUUCCCGCUAAAGAUCUUCAAGAAGCCCAAGAAGUAGAGAAGGGGGAGGGAGGGGGAGGAGAGGGAAGGCAGCCGGGAGCGGAGCAGGGCCGGGGCGGCCAUGCCUCAGCCCCGCCGCCCUCCCCCCGUCACCCACCGGCAGCGGGGGAAGAGCCUUUCGACUUAUUUAUUUCCCCAUGUCUGAGAAGAUAAACCCACCCCCACACACACACCCCACACACCCCCCUUCCCCACACACCCCCAAAAGCCGAGGCCGGGCUGCCGCCCCCUCCCCUCGCUGUGCAUGGCUUCAGCUGCCCCCGCCUGCGCUCGGCCCCGCGGCUCCGGGCUUGGCCCUGGGCCUGGCCUUGGUUUCAAUGUGCUUUUAGGAGGGUUUGGGGGGUUUUUAAGUUCGUUUUUGUAUUGUUUUGGGGUUUUUUUUCCCCCCCCACACCCCGAUUCUUGUGCCUCUCCCAACUUUGGCCAUGGGGGAGGUGGCGGUGCCGGGAGCCGGCCGGGGAGCGCGGG